AUGCGCAGGCCGAUAGGGCGGGGGAAAGAAAAGAGUUUUGUGAAAGCGCAUGCGCCCGCCGCAUACUGUGCAAUCACACUAGGCGCAUGCGGGGACGGCCUCGGCGUCGCCAGCCAAUCCGGUUACGGGGCUGAGGAGUCUCGGAGGCUGGGGAGGGUGGGGGUAAGGGAGCGCUCUCCCUGUGCUGCCAGUGCGCUUGCGCGGGAGGCGUGCACACCGGAAGCGGCGGCUUGUGGUGGAGGAGGAGAAGAAGGCGGAGGGCGGAGAGCCGAGGGAGGGAGCUGCUGAGGAGAGAUUGUUUGGGAGCGUCACAGCGGGGCCUGCUGGCCUUUUCGGCGUUCGGCUCUGCGAGAAGCGGCUCGGCCCGGCCAUGAGCUGCCGGGGGGCGCUGCCAAGCGAGCGGGGAGCUCGGCAGAGGUGAGGGAGGCCGCGGGAGAGAGAAAGCAAUGGGCGGCGGUGGGGGUGGGGGGAGGCCCUCGGCUUAGGGGGGGGGAGAACAAGAACGUACGGUGGCCGGAGGGGGGAAAACUUCGAACGGCAGGGUGGGGGGAGGGGCGGCGGCGUCUGUAGCUGAGGGAGGGGAGGCUCCGUUGGCAGAGGCGGGGGGAGGCUUCCCGUCGGGGAAUUGAUGGACGGCGACUACGGGAAGGGCGACUUUGGCGGGGGGGGGGAUGGGAGGACCCAAGAAACCACCUGGCAACGUUAAUUGUGAUCAUGGCUGGUCUCGAAAGCGCCCUUCUGCGAAGGAAGGGGGUUCUGGGUCACUUGAAGGAGAGCCGCCUUCGGUCUCGACGCGAAGCAGGCCCGGCAGUGGCCAUUUUAAGCGAAGCUUUUUGACAGGGCAAAAAAAUAAAUGAGCAUCUUUUUCCUACCCCACCCCUACGCGUACACGAUUUCCCCUCACAUGUAUACUCGCCCCUCCCCCCGCCGCCGAAAUUUAGGUUGCUGACCCUGCAGUCCUGAUCACCUUUACUCAGAAAAAUGUCAGUGGGGGGAGGAGGGGGUAUUAGUCGCUUCCAAAUUCUUUUUGGAAGGGUCGCAGCAUAGAUUCCGUGCGUUAGAAUGGCUCCUACGUUUAUAGCCCACCCUUCAUCAGCAGGGGUGCCAAACGUGGAUAAAAUAUUGGGGAGGAGAGGUAAGCCCCGCCCCACAUAACUGAUCACAAGAUGUGGCAUAUGCACACUAUUUAAAUGGAAAUACUGUACCCAUAAACUUUGGGGAGGGGGGUUGGUCCCCUCUCAAAUAUUUUUUUUGGGGGGGGGGUCAAAUGGACCUCAGCCCCAAGGAAUUGGCUGCUAUGUUCCUCAGUCUUGCUUAGGAUGGGAUAUGUCAUUUUCCUGCCCCAACCCUCUUUUUAUAUUUGCAACAACCUUGCGAGGUGGGUUAAGGCUGAGAGAAACACAACUGGCACAAAGUGGCCCAGUGAGCUGAGUGGGGGGUUUUGAAUCCGCAUUUCCUUAAGACUAGUUGUAUGCUUUUUCAACCAUGUAAAGCAGGUUUUUUAUUAGCCCUGUAUUGCAAAUGAGGGGCUGAGAUUAAAAGGCUAGUGUCAGCCAAAGGCUACCUAAGUAAGUUCAUGGCUGAGGUGAGAUUUAAACAGGGCACACGAUUUACAUUUGUGCAAUGCAAUCCUGAUUGUGUUUAGCCACUUUGCUGCUCAAACUUUAUGUUCCAGGGUUAGUUAGGGUUUGAAUUCUGUAACUGUACACCAUACACAGUUGUCAGCACAGUUCUGUUAUAUAGAGUGUUAGGCUUCUCAUAAAAAAUGCAGAAGUCUAUUUCCAACUGCCAUGUAUUUUUGUGCCUUGCCAUCCUGCAUAGAUGCUAUUAGCAGUUAGGAAAAACAGCUGCCUGAGGUCUUGUGUCAUCACUGGUGUGUGGUUAGAAAAUUCAGUGGGAUAAAAAGAAUGAGGACUUGAGUCUAAUCAAUAUAUUAGUUUUGUGAUAGUGUCAGUAAUAGGUAAAGGUUUGUAAAUUGUUAAUAUGCUUUCCCUCUAUUUAGCAAAUUGGUACCAUGUAAUGCUAUAACCUAAUCUCAUGGAAUAAUGCCAUAAGAGCAUGGAUAAAUAAUAUCCAAAACUGAACGGCUAGCCAGAUGGAAUGUAUGUUUAAUGAUCCUUGGACAUUUCUACCCAUCAAGAUACCCACGUUGACUUUUGAACCAUUUGCUUUACAUUUCGUCAAAGAGCGUAAAGCUACAGUUUUGGCCCAAAAUGUCACUGUACUCUGGGUUCCACAAAAUGGACAAAACAGGGCUUUUGUUGAUGAUUAAGUCAAGCCCUUCAGGCAAAGUGAACAUACCCAUGAAUGACGGAAGAUGCUUCCUUUUAGUCUUAUUACAAUGUUUCCUACAACCUGACUUGAUUUUAACUGCCGACAUAUAUAUAUAGAGAGAGAGAGAGAGAGAGAGAGAGAUACUGAUGUCUAGUUGAAGGCCAUAAACCUGAAGAACAUAACCGUUCUUUAAUAUAGCCGGAUGUCAUUCAGAAUACUCCAUGGCUAAUUUUUAGAAAUGGCUGUUGCUUGGAGAAAUCUUGAAUAUUGUACAGUCAUACCUCAGGUUACAGAUGCUUCAGGUUGUGUGUUUUCAGGUUGCGCACCGCGCAGACCCCGGAAGUACUGGAACGAGUUACUUCCGGGUUUUGGCACUAUGUGCAGAAGCGCCGAAUCACGACCCGUGCACGUGCAGACACGGUACUGCGGGUUGCGAAUGCUGUGGGUUCCGAAUGUGCCUCCCGCACGCAUCACGUUCACAACCCAAGCAUCCACUGUACUGAGAUCCUCAGUCUGGGAAGGACCAGGAUGGUAAUUUCAAGAGGUGAUUAAUUGUUAAAGGUAUUUCCUUCCAAGGUUUCACAGAGUAGUAAGGUGAGUGGUGAAAAAACAUUCUUCAAUUAAUUCAGGUUGAACUACAUCCUUUGAUACUGAUCUCUUCUGGGUUUAAUGUCUGGCUCCUUACUAAAAUGGGCAGCUGAAGAAAAAUGUAAACACCACAAAGCAGUUAAACUAGUUGUUGGUAAUUAGUGCAGGAACUGUAACAUUGUUUUUUAUUAAAGUGUGCUAGGUACAAGGAAUGAAACUUAAUCUCUGCUGUUCUUGCAUUGUUUGUUUCAGGAAGAGGAGACGAAAUGGCAUAGAGGAGGAUGUCCACAUCCCACAAACAAAACGCAGUAGCCAAAAUGCUGUUUUUCAUGACUCCUGGGAUACAGAGGUAAGAUGUGCUCCACUUCAUUGCUGAGCUGGUAUUGCUUUGGGAAUUUGUAUCUAAUCAACUGAUGGGGAGUGUUUAAGCAAUAGAUAUAUGUCCAGAUGAUCAGAUAUAUAGAUAUAUGUUCCGAUUUGGUUACUGUGAGGAAGACCUUGAUCCUGCCUUUGAAGUUGGUUCAGAAACCAUGAGUGUUUAAAUAAGAGAUGUGAGCUAUAUAUUCAUUAAUUGAUUUAGAAUACUUACAUCCUGCUUUCAAGCUCUUAAGAAGCUCUCAUAGUGACUUAUAAAAGAUUCUUACAAUGUGAUCACAUUCAAGUGUAUCAUCAGGAACAGAAAUAACAUGAUGUCUAUAUAGUGCCAAGAUUGUUCAAACAUUUCUGAUUUUGUCCUUGGUGGUCUUCUUUGGUUUCACCUUUUAGCUAUUCCCUACUAGGCAGUAGAAUUCAAUGAGAUAAUCCUGAAGUGAGGGUAGAGCAGCUUAAACAUUCAACUUACGAUGGAACCAGGGGUUCCCCUUGCUGGCAGUUACAUAUAUGCAGAACUAGUACUUCAUAUUUUAAAUAUAAUUAACACAAUUCAGAAAUCUGUAAUUCGCAGUGCAGCUGGUAAUGUUAUCAUUUUCCAAAUGCUGCUCAUUUUUGUAUGGCACCACUAGUUUUUGUGUUCAGCUACGCUCCUGAAUUCAAUGUAAAAAUCUUGUGGUUGGUGUAUUCAGGGCUUCUAUUCAGAAAUAACACUAUGAGACAAGCUUAUACCAAGUUAUCAUAAUGACUCAGGGUUUAAUAUGCUGGAACUUACCUUCUGAUCCCAGGCCCGUAGAGCCCAAAUUAAGCAGGUUUUGUGUAUUUAUGUUUGGGUGUGUGUAAUUCUUCAAUCACUUGAAAUGUGUGUGCCUUGUUUGGUAGAAUUGGCCAUGGAGCUAUAUGAUGUAGAAACAUUGGUCUGCUUUUAGAUACAGGUGCAUGUGCACAUCAUUUGCAUUGUAUUAUACAGAACUGUACACUGCUAUAAAUGAACUUAUAAGUUGCCUAGCAAUUGCUUUUCUACUGUACAGUAUGCCUGGAACUUAUGCGGGGGUUAUGUUCUGGGGGUUGCACCUAAAGCCAAAAUCGUGUAUAGUCAAAACCCAAUGGGUUCAAUGGCAAGUAGGAUUGCCAAAGUCAUUUUUCCCAGAACUCUGUCCACUUUUUAAUUUUCUGUUGUUGUUUUUUGCCACAUGUGAAAGCUGAAUGUGCACAAUUUAAAUGCAUGUAAGUUGCAGGCUUACCAUUUAGUACUUAGUUCAACUGUUCAGUACUUGUUUCAAAGGUACUGUAAAAACACUGAGAUUGGCAAUUAGUUGUCUAGUGUAGGAAGCAUAGAAGUAUGAUACUGCAGAAAUAAAUAUGGCAAUUGAAUUAUUGAGGAUCUGCAGUAGGCCAGAAUUUGCUAAACCAGGUGCAUGAAGUAGGCCGAAAAGAUAAUAGGUGUGUGUAUACACCAGCAGUGGGGAAGCUCUGAUCUACCAGGCUUCCUUAUUUAGUGCAUGAAGCCUCUGUAUAUGAGGUUGGGGGCAGCUAAAAAUGCAGCUAAGCCAAAAGGAGUUCUGUGGGCACCACUGUGCACAGGGCUUUGCAAGCAGUGAUGGUCAACUGAUUGGCCGAUUUCAGACAGUGUAGCAGGAAGAACAGGUCACCUGACAUCAGGUGGGUAGCUCUACUGGGGUAGGGGGAAGAAAAUGAUCUGGCUAGUUGGCCAGAUCCAAUUUCUCACCCUGGUAUGGACUCAGUGUCUGUUCAUGUGAUGCACGACUAACUUGUAGUGAAAUGGGCAUUUCCUUCCUCCAAGAGCAAGCCUUGUUUAUACAGGAAACAUAAUGCAGAUUGAUUUGUGCAUAAAGUGAUGGAAAGAUCUGAACACUACUUGGGAGACUUGAGGCUACAUUGUGGGUUUUUUGCAUUUCCUGUAGAAUGGGUUAAUGCACAAAUUCAAGCAAGAUGGUUAUUUCAGAGUGAGCAAAAUUGAAAUGCCUAUAAAUGAUCUUUGGAACAGGCAAUAGGGUAAUAUUUGGGGUAUGUGAAGAUGCAGCCUUUUGUGCCCUUUUUAGUGAAUAGGGGAAUUCGCAAAGGAAUGUUAGAUUAUUUAAAUGUGUUUAUGGCUAUUAGCACAGCUGAAUAUGCAAUUUGUCAGCUACGGAGUUCACUGAGAACAGGAUGAUCAGGUUACUCAGCUAACAGAAGGGAGCGCUAUCCAGAAAAAAUACCUACUUGAGAUGUGUAAAUAACAAUGGCUUAAAAGUAAGAUGACUUUCAUUCUUGUCAAUCUUCUGUUCCAUAGUCUUCCAGCAGCGAGAGCGGGAGCACCAGUAGUUGCAGCAGUAGCAGCAUCAGCAGCCCUGACAGAGCUAGUGGGCCGGAAAGCAGCCUACACCACAUAAUGCCAGGAUCAAGUCCUGUGACCCCUCCUCAGUCUUUCCAUGAGCAGUCUGCACUAUGCCAAGGUCCUUACUUCCACAUCAACCAGAUCCUGAAGGAGGCACACUUCCAUAGCUUACACAGCAGGGGCCGUCCUCCCACAUGAUGAGCCUAGCAGUUCCCUGCCUUCUGUGAAGGGGGACGGCACCGUGUGAUGGGGAUAUUUCAACUUAAAAGUUUGUUAAAAUUGCACAAAAUGCCUGUUGCCUUUUCAGUCUGUAUUUGGAAUAACAGGUUAACAGGCAAUUGUUUACUUGUGGUUUGCUGCACUAUUGCAAUGCAAAAGGGGCUUUGGAGCAAUUUUUAUAGGAUUCUUUUGGGGGAGGGAUGGAGGGUGGAUAUCUUUUGACAUGUUAUGAUGGGUCUGAGAAUCCACUUCUGUAUAAUAGGAGUGCAUAAUAAGUCCAGUCUGACUUCUUAAUCUGUUCAUUAGUAACUGAUGCUUUAUGUAAAAUCCUUUCAAACAUUUGCGUUCAGUUUUAUAAGUCUUUUUUUAAUUUCAAUAAAUAGUGAAUAUGUUUUUAUGGUAAAUUAAUAUUUCCUAAGGUUGAAUGUUCAUGUGCAUUAAGGUUAUUUGAAAAUACUGCUAGUAAGGUUUCUCAGUGUAAAUGUACUAAGUGGAAGACUGCUUUACUCAAGUACAAACAGGAGUGUGAACUUUUGUUUUCUUACUGUACUCAAAACCAAUAGUAACCAUUUCAUUGCUUAUGUUUCUUAAUACCUAACAGCUAUAAAAUAGAUGUUUUCUGUUAAUAGCUUCAAGUUACCUAAGCAAGGGUCCGGUCUCUUUGGCAGCAAGUACCAAAACUUAAAUUCCACUCCCUUAAGUUAUGCUGAAGUAGAUGCUUUUUACAAUGCCAAAAGUACAAUCAUUCACAUUUUAUUGAAUCAUUUGGUCAUGCUAGAGAGCCAGCCAAGUUUAAAUAAAGAUGGUGCUGCUGUGUCCUCCUCCUCAGCUGCAAGCUGCCUGAACAGGGAGCCAGGGCGGAACGUCUCUUCUGCUCUUAGAAGGGCAGCAGCUGGGAUCUGUUAAAUUAGCAAAAGAAAGUCAGUAACCUCCUAGGCUUUCUUCUUUUUAAGCUGGCUUGCAUUCAGAGCAGGCUCAUUAGUAGCUACAUAAAACCAGACCGGGGUGGGGGUGGGGGUUAAUAUGUGCAGUUCUCUGUGUAGCAGAGAGAACUGUAGAAACAAUCAUCCUUGCCUUGAAGCCUUUUGGCGUGUUCAGGAAAUUUUACACUUCCCUUGUAGGCUUUUGAGACACAGAAACACAGUCUGCUGCUCAAAGUGCCUCCUACUCCCAGCUCCACUUACGGCAACCAUCAAUAACUUCCUAGGUAAGCGGGCAGACAUGUUAAGUCCAUUUUCUUACCUAAAGUAGUAGCUUUCCCUUAUUUUGAAAGGCUUACUCUAUUACUACAGGGAAGGAGCAUCAUAAUGGCAAGCAGAAAGGGAGGCAGUUUUGCUUAUGUAGUAGUGUCUUACAUUACCAGUCGGUUCAUUUUAGUCUAAAAUUAGGUUCAUUAAAAUGUAUGUGCAACAUAUGUCCAAACAUAACCCUGCCAUAGCAACAGAUGCUUCUGAUAUUUAACAUGUGAAUUUCUUUACAUACUGAGAACUUUAGAUCUCUUUGUCCACCCUUCCCUGCAGCACCUUCUAGGGUGUAGUUGCAUGGCAAUACAGAAGGAAACCCAUGCCAGCUGCUAGUAUGCAUUCAGUUUCUCAUAUGUAAACUUGGUAAGUUUGACAGCAGCUAUCAAGUUCUAUGGCUACAUAAGCAAGCCUUAGCACAGAAGCCUACAAAGGAGAGGAAGCCACUCAAUUCACACAUGCAUUAAUACCCCAGCAAGAUUUCUUCAGGGGUUACUUGGUCAGCAUCAUACUAGAAUGAAGGGUACAAGACAGUUAGAUUAAUCACUCCUUUAACAUACCUUAUUAUUAUUAGAGAUAAGCUGUCAAUGUGCAAGUCUGUACUAACAAUAUACGCUAAUGUUGCUAUCAACUUCUAUACACAAUUUGACAAACUAUUUAACUAAUUCAUCUUCAAACCUAGAAAAGUAUAUGCUACUCCUGAAGUGUCCAAAGGAAAUUGUGGCAUGAGUUUCUGAUUUUUUUUUUUUAAAAAACCCAACAACAGCACCCUGGGCUCCCUAGGAAAAUAUUAGCAUUAACAUUACCAGUGCAACUAAACAGUUGGCAAGAGUGGAGAAAACCAUAAGCUAGAAUAAAGGAACAAACCUGAGCCUUCUGUUCAGUGUUUCUCAUAGCUGAUUUAGUCUUGCGUGAGCUUGACAUGCUGAGUGGCAACAGCCCAAAUCUGAAAAAAAGAAAAAAGUGGUAAGAUAUUUUGCACCCCCACAUGCUUUGUUUCACGGACUUCCUAUUGCCUAUAGCGUGAGUCACUUACCUGAUUUGACUAGAUGCUAGAGGUAGGAUGUUAUGUAAUUCUUGAGAAGUUAAAUUACUGCUUCGGCUGGUGUACUGAUUCUCUGCCCCUGUUAAUAAGCCAAACAGGACCUAGAGGAGCACAGAAAAAGGUAAUUGCUUGGUUGUGGCGGCAGUACAGUGGUAUCUUGGGUUACAGACACUUCAGGUUACAGACUUUGCUAACCCAGAAAUAGUACCUCGGGUUAAGAACUUUGCUUCAGGAUGCGAACAGAAAUCGUGUGGCGGCGGCAGCGGGAGGCCCCAUUAGCUAAAGUGGUGUCUCGGGUUAAGAACAGUUUCAGGUUAAGAACGGACCUCUGGAACGAAUUAAGUUCUUAACCCGAGGUACCACUGUAGAUGCAACUGCCAAGUGCUCAGUGAACCAGAAAUAGGAUUUAUUAGAUUGGAAAGCAGCAAAGGAAGUACCCUUAAACAAACACAAGGCAAACUCUUAACGGUCAACCUGGCCAUGUGUGUUUAAAACAAACGUUUCCCUCCCCCCCCCGCCCCCCCCAGGAUUUCAGGUUCACUUUUAUAUCACUUGGUGUUAGGUGUUUGUCUACUAUGAGGCAUGAACUUCCAAGGAUAAAAUCCAUACAAUCUCAUGGGAUAUUUUUGGUUUUGGCUAUUCAGGAGACAAACGAUGCUUUGAUUCUGAAUGCUGCAAAUAAUUGAGAACUAUUGGACUGCAUGAUCAAAGUGUACCCUAAAAUGUGCUUACAUGCUUAUACCACUAUCCAACUGUAUGCAUACACAACCCUUUCCCCCUUGGUUUUCUUUAUUGUACUGGUUCUAUUGUUGCUAAGGAACAAAGUGCAAAAGACCAUUUCUAUGUGUAUAAUUUUACCAAGUAAAGCACCCUAUCUUUAAGUACAGUAGCC